UUGAAACAUUUUGAAAAAGCUUUCCAAACAGUACUUAAAUACCCAACCCAAGUACACCAAUUGCAAAACACAGAACCAAGAGCUUGUGCUUCAAAGCAGUGAUUGAUUCCUCCACUCACCCAAAAAAAGAACCCAUCUUUUUCCCUCCAAUCAAUUACACAUUCUCACCUCUCAAAUACCCAAAUCCCAAUUCCUCACUGUUUCACUUUCCUUGGGCACAACCUGAGGCUUUCAAUCAGUACCAGAUAAACCAAGAGGGUAGCACUUAAAUGAGUUUCUAGCCAGGACCCAGAUUCUGUGAGAGCUUCAGAUCUUAGCAAUGGUUGCAGAGCCUUGGAUUCUGAAGAUGGGUAACCAGGUAAGCUCAAAUCUAAAGCAUGCUCUUUUACUUCAGCAUUCAAAGAAAUCAAACCCAAAAAGCAUACCCAAUAACUCAAACACCAAAAGCCAGAAGCAGACUAUAGGGAUUCUUUCAUUUGAGGUAGCUAAUGUUAUGUCCAAGACUGUUUAUUUAUACAAGUCCCUCACAGACUCUGAGAUCUCUAAGCUUAAAGUUGAGAUCUUGAAGUCUGAGGGGGUCCAGAAGUUGGUCUCUUCUGAUGAGGCCUAUCUUCUUGAGCUUGCUUUGGCUGAGAAGCUAGAGGACCUGAACCGGGUUGCUGCUGUGGUGGGCCGGCUUGGGAAGAGGUGUGUUGAGCCGGCUCUGCAGGGUUUUGAGCAUGUUUAUAGUGACCUUGUUAAUGGGGUUAUUGAUGUUAGGGAGUUGGGGUUUUUGGUGAAGGAUAUGGAGGGUAUGAUUAGGAAGUUGGAGAGGUAUGUGAAUGCUACUUCCAAUUUGUAUAGUGAAAUGGAGGUGUUGAAUGAGUUGGAGCAAGGUACUAAGAAGUUUCAGAACAAUCAACAUGAGGAGAGCAAGAGGGCUUUUGAGCAGAAGCUGAUUUGGCAGAAACAAGAUGUGAGGCAUCUCAAGGACAUUUCAAUUUGGAACCAGACUUAUGAUAAGGUUGUGGAGUUGUUGGCAAGGACGGUUUGCACCAUUUAUGCUACAAUUCGUGGGGUUUUCGGAGAAUCUGCUUUGAGCAAGGACCAUGGUGGAUCUUCGCCGCCGGGUCAGAUUGAUGUGAGGAGGGUUUCCCAGGAGCCUUUGAAGAGGGUUCUUAGCAAGAAAAAAGGGUGUCAUUCAGGGCCGGUUGAGAAAGCUGUUGUGGUGAAAAGGGGGUCAAGUUUUAAGCCUCAAUUUGAAUCAAGGAGAGGUGAAUUGGCGUUGUUUCGGGCAGAUGAUUUCAACUUUCCCUGCGGAACUAGCCCAGGGAGGCUUUUCAUGGACUGCCUAAUUAGCAGUUCGGUUGUUGAUGAUGAUGAUGUUGGCAGUGCUGGUGGAUAUGAGGAGCGAAGUAGCCAAUUUUCGGGUUGUGGUGUGGCAAGUGGUGGUUUGAGGAGAGAUUACCCUAACCAUUCAGGUUGUUUUAGUAGAGUGCAAAUGGGUGUUCAAUCUAACUCUGGCGGAAUGAAUGGUGCACCGUUUGGCCCCAAGAGUAGGUUGAUGGUAUAUGCUCCACCUUCUACUGUGGGAGGCUCUGCUCUAGCUUUGCAUUAUGCAAAUGUUAUAAUUGUGGUUGAGAAGUUGCUUCGCUACCCUUAUCUAGUGGGUGAGGAAGCUAGGGACGAUUUGUAUCAUAUGUUGCCAACAAGUUUAAGACUGUCUCUGAGGACUAAUCUCAAGUCCUAUGUCAAGAAUUUGGCUAUAUAUGAUGCACCUCUUGCUCAUGAUUGGAAGGAGACUCUUGAUGGGAUAUUGAGGUGGCUUGCCCCACUGGCACAUAACAUGAUCAGAUGGCAAAGUGAGCGUAAUUUUGAGCAACAGCAAAUUGUUACUCGAACACAUGUUCUUCUGCUUCAGACAUUGUAUUUUGCUGAUCGAAAGAAGACAGAGGCAGCAAUUUGUCAGCUUCUUGUCGGGUUGAAUUAUAUAUGCCGUUAUGAGCAUCAGCAGAAUGCAUUAUUAGAUUGUGCGAGUAGUUUUGAUUUUGAAGACUGCAUGGAGUGGCAAAUGCAAUGUGGAGCUUCUUUUGUUGAUUAACUACUUUAUUGGAUUUGAGACCCUGAAGAUGGUGAUAAAGAAUUCUCCUUGAUUCCCAUCACUUAGAUGAACACUUAGGUGGUAGAGCAACAUUUUGUGAAUAUCUCAGCUUUUCACACUGAAGAGUUAUAUUGUUGAAGGCAUGAUUAAUGUAUUUGAUUCCAAGGGUAAAUCCUACAAGAGUUUCAUAUUCUUGAGUUCCCUUCCUGGGUUGAUGUUGCACAAAAAAAAAAUUAACUUGAUUUUGUUCAAUUAACACUAGAAUAUUUAGGGUUCGAA